UAUUAUUUUUUUGUAGCAAAAUUCGGGAGGAGAGCAGAGACGCGGUUUCUCUCUCUAAAAACACAAACCUCAACGACAACAACAAUGGAACCAAACGAACACCAACUCAGCUCCUACUUCCACCCCUCCAACACCACCGCCGCCUUGUCUUCUCCGACCAAUGGCCUCCAACACCAACAACAGCUGUCCUCGGCCGACCACAACAACAACAACCUUAACAACAACAUGGUCUUCACUCACUCCACCUCAGCCUCCGCGGUCCCCCCUCCGCCGCCUGCGUCAGCCGUGACGUCACCUAUCGAGCCGGUGAAGAGGAAGCGCGGCCGGCCCAGAAAGUACGGCACGCCGGAGCAGGCCUUGGCGGCGAAGAAGGCCGCCACGUCGUCGUCUCACUCCUCCUCUGCUAAGGUCAAGAAGGAGCAGCAGCAGCAGCACGGCGGAGCUGGCGGCGCCGCAGCCUCGCCGUCUUAUUCUGGGUCCACCAAGAAAUCGCAGCUCUCGGCUAUUGGCAAUUCUGGACAAGGUUUUACACCACAUGUUCUAACCGUGACUGCAGGAGAGGAUGUGGGCGACAAAAUCAUGGGUUUCAUGCGGCAGAGUAAGCGUGACAUAUGCAUUCUGUCCGCUUCUGGAUCGAUCUCAAAUGCAUCCAUCCGUCAGCCAGCUACUUCAGGAGGCAACGUUACAUAUGAGGGAUACUUUGAGAUCAUCUCACUGUCGGGAUCUUAUGUACAUACAUAUGGGGGAAAGUCUGGUGGACUCAGUGUGUGUUUGUCCAGUACAAAUGGUCAAAUCAUUGGGGGUGGAGUUGGUGGACCACUGAUGGCUGCAGGCCCUGUUCAGGUUAUUGUUGGUACUUUUCUGAUUGAAAACAAAAGUGAUGUCAAUACCGGUGCAAAAGUUGAGGUUUCUAUCCCCAGGCUGCCAUCGCCUGGUGAUGGUGCGCCUAUGAUGAAUGUAGGUUUCCGCUCAACAAUGAACUCUUCUGGAAGAAAUAUGGUCCGGGCAAAUGAUGAACAACAGCAGGCUUUUGGAGGAAGUAAUUUCAUGAUUCAGGGCAUGCAUGGAUCUGCAGAUUGGAGGACUGGUCCAGAUGCCAGAAGCUCUGGUGCUUAUGAAUUGGCAGGAAGAGGAGGUCGUGCAGCCCACCAAUCUCCUGAAAAUGGGGACUACGAUCAGAUUCGAGACUAGGGUUGUUUUUAAGAUCUGAAAGCUGUUAGAUAGACAGAUGUAUAAUAUAUCAGUGCUUUUUGUCAGUCUAAGCUGCCGGUAGCGUGCACCAUACAUGCCAUCAUCUCUAUUUGAAAGUCCCUUUGUGACACUGGUGGUUGAGAUAUUUUUCUCCCUUCAAUAUUACUCAUUAUGUGUUUGAUGCUGAA